UCUGGUCGGUGUGUCGGAGGGGAAAGAUGUGGCUGCUGGCGGUGUUGGUGCCUCUCUUCAAGCUGUAUAUGUGCGGCAUUAAAGUUCUUCUUUACCAAAUGUUUCACCGCUCCUUUACGCUGCCAGUCCUGCCCAAACAAAAUGGAAGGGUUGCCAUAGUGACUGGUGGGACCAGAGGAAUGGGCUAUGAGACGGCAAAACAUCUAACAAGCCUUGGCAUGCAUGUGAUCAUAGCUGGGAACGAAAGAGAAGAAGGUUCUGCAGCCGUCAGGAGGAUAAAUGAAGAGUGCAGCGAAGGAAAAGCUGAGUUUGUCUUCUUGGACCUGACGUCCCUGACAUCGGUGAGGCAGUUUGUGCAGACGUUCAGAGACAGACGUCUGCCUCUCCAUGUUCUGAUUAACAACGCCGGAACGAUGCUGGUUUCUGAGAGAAAAACAGAAGAUGGCUUCGAGUUCCACUUCUGCCUCAACUACCUCGGUCACUUCUUGUUGACCAACCUGCUGCUUGAAGUGCUGAAGAAGUCAGGAAGUCAGAGCUGCUGCACCAGAAUCAUCAAUAUGUCCUCUGCUACACAUUACGCAGGAGUUAUGGACAUGGAGGACUUAAACAAAAGGAUAGUCUACAGUUCCCAUGCUGCCUACUCCCAAAGCAAACUGGCUCUGGUCCUCUUCACCUACUACCUUCAGGAGCAGCUUAUGUCUGGAGGAUUUCCUGUGACUGUAAACGCUGUGGACCCCGGCAUGGUGGACACGGCGCUGUACGAUAACCUGUGGAGCCUCGCAAAGAUGCUCAAGAAACCAGUUGCCAAGAUUCUGUUCAGGACUCCAGCAGAGGGAGCUUCCAUAUCAAUCUAUGCUGCAGCCGCUGCCGAGAUGGAGGGGGUGGGGGGCUGUUACCUGUACAACGGAGAGAAGACGCAGUCCUCUGAGCUCUCCUACGACUCUGAGCUGCAGGUGAAGCUGUGGAAAAAGAGCUGUGAGCUUGUGGGCCUUCAGGAGGCCUGAUGCAGCCUGAUGGGACCGUCACACUGAACAAGUCCACAACCUCCUCCAUCAUCAGGGACACUGAGAACACUGAACCUCUGUCUUCACUGUUCAUUCACAAAGUGUCCAACUCUUUUCAUACUAAUUAGUAAUUAUUGUCAAUUUUAAGAAGAAAUUUUGGUUAAUUUUUGUGUGUAA